GUCGAUGGUGGCUGGAGCGAGUGGAACUCAUGGAGUAUCUGUACCAAGUCAUUUGGCGGUAUACAAACAAGGGAAAGAGAAUGUACUAAUCCAGAACCAACCUAUGCAUAUGGUGGGAAACACUGCGAUGGGACCAGAGCACUGCUGAGAGGAUGUAGCAACACGUCCAGUUGCCAUGAAGCAUUUCCGCUACGUUUCAAAACAGAGAGAAACCCGUCUGUCGGUAGAAUGGAAAUCUACACGAACAGCAGCUGGCAAAAGCUUUGUACCAGUCAAUGGGAUGAAGCUGAUUUAUAUUCAACCUGCAUGGCCAUGGGCUACUAUAACAACGGUGUUUAUGCCAAUGACACAUGGUAUGCAGAAAGAGGCAACGCCUCGAAGGAAUCCAUCUACCCCAACUGCACCACUCCAACUAAAUGUCAAAAAAACCUGGCAAAGAAACACCAAUUUUGCAAAGUUCCUGUUCGCUUGAAUGGUGCAGAUAUGGAGUAUGGAGGAAGAGUGGAAGUAUUUUACAAAGGUAAAUGGGUAAAGAUCUGCAGGAAUGGAUGGGAUUUUGACGAUGUCAAAGUUAUUUGUCGUCAACUUGGCUUUGAGGAGGCUUUGGCGGAAUUCAUUGGUUCAGACGUUAAGGAUGAGGGAAUUCCUUUUGCAAUGUCAGAUGUCUCUUGCAAUGGAGAUGAGCCAGAACUCGCAUCUUGUGCUCGUAUUGAUGGCAAAGCUAACAUCUCACCUCAAUGCUUUUCAGAUGACGAGGGUUCUCAGGCGUUGUGUCAACCAAAGAACAAAAAAGUGUUGGACAAAACAAAACUUUAUUUUAAUAUUGGCAGCAAUGAAAAGCUUCUAUGCUCAGUACAUAAAGAAACCAGUUUUACACGAUGGGUCAUUAAUGGUGUACAGCAUAAGACAAACUCUACGUCUCAAAGAAUCAGGAUUAAAGAAGCUGGUGAACUGUUCAUUGAUAAGGUGCAGUUGUCUGAUGCGGGACUAUACGAGUGCUCCAGAUUGGAAUAUGUUCGAUAUUACAUUGUCUACGUUAAUGCAAAAUUUACUGAGAACACCCCAGAAAAACAAACUAUGAUUGCGGGCGCACCUGGUAUUAUAAACUGCAGUGCCGAGGGAAACCCAAGCCCACAGAUAUCUUGGCGUAAGAAAGGAGGAAAAUCCUUAAGCCAAGGACCAUUCACUCAAUUGUCCAAUGGCAGCCUACAUAUUAGACUUGUACAGCCUGAAGAUAAUGGGACAUUCAUUUGUACAAUCAAACAAACUAAAGGAACAAAGAGGGUCACAAGCUAUGAUAAAAACAUAAUUGUGACAGUUAUGGGUGAGUAACCAAGAAGGGUGAUGUAAAGAACGUCAGGCAGUUAUAUCAGUUCCUAAAAAGUGAUUGUUACCUGACCAAUUCAAGUUUAAAGUACUUUCGCUGUCCAUAUCUGCAGGCAUGCGAAGUCAAACCAUAUCAUAAUUAUGUUGUUGAUUUUAAUUGUUUGAAAUAGGUAUCGUGUUUAAAUAAUUAUAGUUUUUAACUCCGUAGGCCGAUCGUUGUAACGCAAAGCAGUGCCUUUCGAUGAGAUUUUAGUUUCUUUAUAAGCUGGCCAUGUGCUAAAAA